AUGGCUCAACCUGUCAUGACAUAUCCUGCUGCGCAACCGCAGCCCAUGCAGCAGUAUAUCCAGUCGGCUGGGCAGUACGUGCAGCAGUUCCAGCAGGGUAUCCCGCAGGCUCAGUCCAUGGUGGUGAGCGGCUACAAUCAAUUCCAAAGCCAGCUCCAGUCGGCCGGCGCCCAGCUGCAAUCGGCCCUCGACCACAGCCAGGGCAAGUGGUUCGCCCCGGGCGAGGCCCUGCCUCCGGGCUUCCAGAUCACCUCGCACCCCGAGGGGCAUGUGGAGCCCCAGGCCCACCACGCCAUGUCCGACGCCGUGGCCUCCUUGAAGGGCAUGCCCGGCAAGCUUGGGUCCGCGUUCGAUGACGCCGCCAAGGCUGCUGCGAAAGGCAAGGACAAGAAGAAGCACCUCGGCGAGAAAUCCUACGUGGUCCUGAACCUUUCUUUUCCAACUCGCACGCUCAGCACAGCUGUGUCCACCCUGGCCCAUCCCGUGGAGGGGCGCGGGGAUGAACUUGACCGGCAGGUGCCGGAGAACGCGCCGAUGCUGUCACAGCAGUGUCAACGUAGCGUCACCGCCAAUGCCUUGCCUACAGCUCAGUCCAUGGUGGUGAGCGGCUACAAUCAAUUCCAAAGCCAGCUGCAAUCGGCCGGAGCGCAGCUGCAAUCGGCCCUCGACCACAGCCAGGGCAAGUGGUUCGCCCCAGGCGAGGCCCUGCCCCCCGGCUUCCAGAUCACCUCGCACCCCGAGGGGCAUGUGGAGCCCCAGGCCCACCACGCCAUGUCCGACGCCGUGGCCUCCUUGAAGGGCAUGACCGGCAAGCUUGGAUCUGCGUUCGAUGACGCCGCCAAGGCUGCUGCGAAAGGCAAGGACAAGAAGAAGAGCAAGAAGAAGAAGUCCUCCGGCUGGUGCUAA